UCACGAAUUCAUUAUAGCUUGUCAUUGUGCAAUGGUCUGUUUUUGCUUAAGUGAGCUCCGUGUCCUCGACAAGCUAGCUGUAAUUGGCCCGCCGAGUUAGCGUAAUUUAAACGUGACGACGACCGGAAGUGUUAAGUCGCCCUUUCAAACACUUUUGCGCUGCGCCGCCUGGCUCUUCCUUGGGCACAAAAUGAGCGUCGAGAGGGGAGACUUGACGACAGCGUUAGCCGACUGCGACACCACACGAGCUAGCUAGCUAGCCUGCUAUGCCGAGCUAAGCUAAGCUAGGCUAAACUAGCUAGCUCGCCGAGGCGUCUGGCUUUCGGGACGUGGACGCGCGCGCUCAGACAGGGGGGCUUCCCAGUCACCCCCAUGCUCCUCCAAUGAAACCCCUCAACUCCAUGAAACGAGCCCCGCAUCCCACUCCUCAAAGCGGUGACGGCGCCUUCCUCCAUGAGCCAGUCUCCUGGCAACCAGCAGCCAAUCAGCAGCCGGGAUCUCUCUCUGUAGUAACCACAGUGUGGGGUGUGACCAAUCCCACGCACAGCCAGGUGAUCGGAGCGCCACCUAUGGGUCCUGGCGACGGGACGGGCGGUCACAUGAUGCCCGGCGGAGGCGGUGGGCCCGCUAUGCCCGGCGCCAUGGGACCGCAGUUCAUGAGCCAGCAGGGGUACGGCGACGCCAUAUCCAAAGGCUACGGCCAGCCGCUCAUGUACGGACGCCCCGGCCCGGCGUACAACCCCGCAGCGGCCUACGGCGGCAGUUAUCCCGGUAACGGCGCUGGCAUGGCUGUGCGCCCGCCCUCGGACUUCAGCACGGCGGCCGCCGCCGCCGCCGUGGCCGCCGCCACAGCUACCGCCACCGCCACAGCCACGGUGGCGGCCAUCCAGGAGAAGCAGAACCAGGACAUCAGCUACGCGCAGAUGGGCGGAGCCUCCUCGUACAGUCCCCAGUUCAUGUCUCACGGGGGCCCUCACGGGGGCCCUCACGGGGGCUCUCGCGGAGCCCCGGUCAUGAACCAGGGCGGUAUGGUCUCGAGCAGGCCUGUGGCGGCGGCGCCACCCCCUGGCGGGGGCUUGUACCCUCCCCACCCCGGACACGUGCAAAAGAUGCACGGCGGCGGAUCGGGAGGGGCGGGGUACCCAGGCGGAACCCAGGGACUCAAACGAACUUUCCACUCUGAGUUUGGCGGCGGCGGCGGGAUGUCGUCCAUGUCGGCGUAUCCUCAGCAGCCUCUGCAGCAGCCUCUGCAGCAACCUCUGCAGUACCCACCCACAGCGCCGCAACGCUGCUCGCCCUCGUACCCGGCCGGCCGCAUGCCCCCCGUGGGCCAGUACGCCUCGGGCUCGCUCGGCAACCCGCCCCAGUACUACAAGUCAGAAGUGUUUAAUGGCCAGGCGAGUCUGCCCCCUGCAGGCCCAGGAGGAUACAACGCCUUCACUCAGGCGGCAGCCAGCGGGCCCGGCCGGGGCGGAGGGAUGCAGGCGUACCCCAGCUCGCCCAUGGGCGGCAACCCCACACCUCCCGUGACUCCCGGCGCUUCGGUGCCGCCCUACCUGUCCCCGGGCCGCGACGUCAAACCCCCCUACGUGCCCCCCGACGGGAAAAGCAGCAUGGGUGGCCCGCAGACUGCCACGGGUAAUCCCAGCGACGACCUGCGGCUAACUUUCCCGGUGCGGGACGGCGUGGUGCUGGAGCCUUUCAGACUGGAGCACAACUUGGCUGUCAGUAACCACGCCUUCCAGCUUCGAGACUCCGUCUACAAAACGCUCAUGAUGAGGCCGGACCUGGAGCUGCAGUUCAAGUGCUACCACCACGAGGACCGGCAGAUGAACACCAACUGGCCCGCCUCGGUGCAGGUGAGCGUCAACGCCACGCCCUUGUCCAUCGAGCGCGGCGACAACAAGACCUCCCACAAGGCCCUGUACCUCAAGCAAGUGUGCCAGCCCGGCCGCAACACUGUCCAGAUCACCGUCACCGCCUGCUGCUGCUCCCAUCUGUUCGUGCUGCAGCUGGUCCAUCGGCCCUCCGUCAGGUCGGUGCUGCAAGGGCUCAUGAAGAAGAGGCUGCUGCCCGCCGAGCACUGCAUCACCAAGAUCAAGAGGAACUUCAGCAGCGGCACCAUCCCCGGGACCCCCGGGCUUAACGGAGAGGACGGCGUGGAGCAAACGGCCAUCAAAGUCUCGCUCAAGUGUCCAAUCACCUUCCGGCGCAUCCAGCUGCCGGCGCGAGGACACGACUGCCGGCACAUACAGUGUUUCGACUUGGAGUCGUACCUGCAGCUCAACUGUGAGCGAGGAACGUGGCGAUGUCCUGUCUGCAAUAAGACGGCUCUGCUGGAGGGUCUGGAGGUGGACCAGUACAUGCUGGGGAUCCUGGUCUACAUCCAGAAUUCUGACUACGAGGAGAUCACCAUCGACCCGCUGUGCGGCUGGCGGCCGGUGCCGGUCAAGCCCGACUUGCACGUGAAGGAGGAGCCCGACGGGCCGGCGCUCAAACGCUGCCGCACCGUCAGCCCCAGUCACAUGCUGCUGCCCAACGUGAUGGAGAUGAUCGCCGCGCUGGGACCCGCCUCCUCGCCCUACGCGGCGCCGGCCGGGGCCGGCAGGGCUAGUCCCGACUACAGCAGACCCGGGAGCCGAGGCUUUGCCAGCCUAUCGGGUUUCCCGGAAUUCCCCAACACUCCCGGCACGCCGACCGCGGGCGAGUACCCUCCAUCGGGACCUCCGCUCCCCUACCAGGCCGAGCAGGCCCAUAAUGCCUUGCUGCCGCAGCAGGCCGCCACCCCCAACCUCGGCGAGGAGAGGAGCAGCGGCGCUUCCCACAACGCGCGGCUGCACGCCGAGGGCUCCUUCGGCCUCGGCGGCCCCCCGGGAGGGGGCGGCGCAGAGGCGGCGGCCGAUCACUCGCUAGAUCUUCUGCCCGAGCUGACCAACCCGGACGAGCUCCUGUCCUACUUGGGUCCGCCCGACCUGCCCAGCAACAGCAGCGAUGACCUUCUGUCGCUCUUUGAGAACAACUGAGCAGCGCCUUUGGCCGCCUUCUUCAUCUCCUUUCUCUGUUGUCUUUUUUUUUUGUCGUCUUCCGUCAUUUUCAUCUCCUCCUUAAUUUCUCCCUCAAAUCUUUGCGAGGCAGGCUCGACCGUCUCCCAAUUGCUGUCAUUUUGUCCUCGCUAGUAAAACAGUUCAGCGCACGAGUCGAACAACUACGACCUCGCCUGGCCUCACCUCACCUCGCCAUUUUGCUCUCGACUCACCGGCUCCUCUGUCCAACAUGAGGAAAGAAGAGCCGCGCCACGGAGGAGCUAGCAGCGGCUUUGAAGCAGUCAUUUGCAGUUGCGUGGACUCCUUAAAAACCACCGCCCGUAUUCGCCCUACGAGAUAGUGUGCUGAGGGUGGACGUUAAUAAGGCCUAAGGAAUGAAUGCUCAAACGCUUUUGCAUAUUUGAGGUGAACGUGUUGAAUCAAUGCGACAACGCCCACAUUCCGUUCUUCCGGUUUGGCAGCGUCGCCUUGGCGCUCAUCAGAAUAUUCCCGUCUUGUCCUUUCAUCGCAGUACUUCGACUUCUCCCUGAUCAUUAUUUGUCCUUUUUGACACAGCCUACAGUCUUCUUUCUAACAGACACUUUGAGAGUUCAAAAAACCACGACGAAAUUGUUGACUUUAUUUGGAGGGGAAAAAGUGACAAUUGAAUUGCAAAUUUAGUAGAAAACACGUUUUUAAGAUGUAAACUAUUGCACAUAUUUUGUAACACACAUUUUAAUUGCCAUUGCUUUCUAUUUAUUUUGUAAUCAUUGUCGUCGUUGAUUGUACCUGCAGUUGUUUUGUUCUUGCUGGAGCUUCAAAAAGAAGAUUAAACCCAUUGUAUAAUUUCA